AUGAAGAGAGCAAUUCUGAUAUUAGCUGUGAUGUCAUCGGCAAUCUUAGCUUAAAAAUGCGACACAAUCAAUUAGCAUUACAAUGUGUACGCUACUGUUAAUGAAACAAAGGAAUGGGAUAUGCGAAAAUUUUUCUUCACGGGGGAGAAUUUGAAGUUCAAGAUUAACAAUGAUUGUCCCUACUUUGAAACAGUGGAUCCUCUGUCUGAAAUAGGAGAUCCAGUGCCUCAUGGUGAUCCUUCGAUUGGGACAAUAUAAAAUCUCAAGGCUUAUAGAUCCUUCGAUAAUGGAGCAUGGUUGAACGACUUUGUGUUUUUAGAAUAAAACAAGACAGACAUUGACGUAUUCUACGCACUUGGUGAUCCUUAAAAAAUGGAUUAGGUCCCUAGAUUCCAUGCUUAGGUGAAUGUCAGAAAUACAACAGUGUCCUUUGUAUGCCACGAUUUGGAUUUUUUGACUAACUAUUUGAUAGUCAUAGAUUGUCAAUAGCCAGAUUUGGAUGACCCAGCCAAUUUGGGAUGGCAUAAUGGAUUUAUCGUGGUUGAUUUACAAGAUUCAUAGCACUACGAUCUCUCACCAAAUGAGCAUCCAAAAGGAUAUCUUUAUAAUUAUACCGAAGACAGAAAGAUAGCGUUUCAUAAUUUCAGUUUUUCAACAUCUGAAUAGGAUAUGGAUGGAGGUUUGGAAGCUGACAAGAUAUCAUUAUUGUUCAGAGCAGAGCCUGCAUGGGCAACUGACUUUGCCGAUUUGGGUAAUGACAAGUUGGAUGAUGAUUGUGAAUUGGAAGUUUAUAAAUAUAGUAACAAGAAAUUUUCUUAAACUCCUGUGGCAUAUUUGACCAAGAUUGAAUUGGCUGGAUUAUUGGGUACUGACGUAACAAAAUAAAAAUUUUCAAUUAUGGAUUUCCAACUUGAACCAAAUGGUGACAUCUACGUAUUGGAUGGUGAAAGCGGUGUUUAUGUUUUGCAAUUCACAUCUUAAUCAUUGGAAUGGAAGUUAAAGGAACAUAUCUCUUUCCCUUACAUAACAAAGAGUUAUGGAUUCGAUUUCAAUUAUUUGAUUAAUAAUGACGGAUCAAUAACCAGACACAUGGUUUUAGUUUUCAAAGAUAAAGCAAACUUUUAUGAAAAUGGAGUUAUGAAGUUUGGUAUCAAAUUACCAGAGAAUGCAAGUUAUGGAAGAGUUUAAGUGUAAAUGAGUCAAUAUUUCUUAAUUUUGAAAUUGGACACUGUAGUACAUGUUUAUCAUUCUGACGAUGGAUCCAAAUUGUACACUUAUACUAAUGAUUUGUUCGAUCAAUUGAUUAUCAAUCCAUAUGAGCCAGAUUUGUUGGGAGUCAAUAAAAAUUCUGCACACAGAUUCUUAGUUUCUAAUGGAUACUUGAGAUUGAAGAAAUAAGACAGUACAAAUGAUGGAACCAAGACCUACACUCUAGAUGCUAUUUCAUUGGAUGAUACCUCUUAGAAAUGCUCAGUCACACUAAAUGUGAGAGUCUUGAAGAAGGAUGACAGUUAAAUCUAUGAACAAAGCAACCAUCCUUUCCCAUAAACAUUGAAAGUCCCCACAGAUCCGAUUGGAAUUGACUUGAUUGCCUCUGGUCCAAACCUUUAAUAUUCAUCUUUGGCCACUUUGGAACACCCAGAAUUGGGAGCCUCUAAAAUCAUUGUGACCAUCAAAUCUGCUUGGAACUUGUAAUUGAAUGGAAUCAGACUUCCAGAUGCUAAGGAAGUUAUCUAUUCGGACAUUCUUGUUACUGAUAGUUCUGAAUAAUUCUAUUUGUUGGUAUAGAUACCCACAAAGAUCAUCUAUGUCUACAAAUGCACCCAUUCUCUUGCAGAUCAUGAGAAUGCUCAUUGUAGUGAUUUUGAUACUUUUUCUUUGGGAGUUCAAAUUGAUAAGAAGAAGCACUCGUUCUACUGGUGGAUCUUCAUCAAUUAAAUUUCUUAUAUGUAUUAAGAUACUGAUUACUCAAUUCAAAUCUAUACAAGUACUGGAGGUUAAGUGAAAAAAGUUGGUGAGGUGGUUGUUGAUAGUACUGACCCAUUAAAUAAAUUUACAUCAGUUACUAUGGUUAGAAGCGCAAUUUAUUGUGUUUAGGAAGACAGAAAAACAGUCUAGAUUUAUGAUGCCACUAUACCAUUUAGAAAGAUUUAUGAAAUCAACUCUUCUGUUCUCUCUGAAUACAAGAUAGAAGGAUAUUUCACACCUAAAAGAGUCUUCAGUAACAAGAAAGCAAGAGCACAACUCGUAUUCAUUCAAUCUUUAAAUCAUUUAUACGUUGGAGAAUUCACAAAUCAAAAGAGUUUCUCAACUUUCAUCCUCUUCAAGCAAAUCAGUAUUAUUGCAGCAUCAGAAGUGGAAGUUGCCAUUGGUCAACAUCAUUUCUUUGUGGUUUAACAAUUGGAGGACUAAGAGUUGAUUGAAGAAUACAAUUAUUAACAUAUCCAAAGAAUCUACAAAACCAAGAAUUUGCCCUUCUUCAAUUACAAGAUGCAAAAACCCUUAACAGUUGAUUACUCAUCGUAAACAGGUUGGUUAUUUGUUAGAGCAACUGACGGAAAGGAAACUGUUGUCUUGGUCUAUGAACCAGGAGUUGUUUCUCACAUUUGUUUACACAAAGUAUUAGAAACCAAAGCCAUGGACUUCGACAAAAAGACUUUUGAUAUGGCAGUUGAUGGUGGCAAAUAGAUGUUUUCCUAUUUCAAUAACAAUACAAUCCAUAGAGUCGUAAGCAUUUUGGCUGAUGCUGAAUUAUACAUCACUCCAGAAUUAGAAACCCAACAAUACGUUAAUGAUCUAACCACAGGAGUACAAGUUUCUAACUAUCCUGGAAACACACCCUUGAAUUUAGUGUCAAAAGUUACAGUCCUUAACACUUAAAGUGACAUUAUCAUCAAAUAAUCUGUAUUGACCUCCAAGAAGAAGGUCUUCAAAUUUACCAAGUAAGCUUAAUAGUAAAUUAUUGAUAUGGGAUCAGAUUGGUAUUAUGGACAACAAACAUAAAUUAUUGUUAGAUGUGAAACAUGUAAAGGUGAUUUGAAGGUGAGGAACAACAUUUACAGAGUUUUGGAUGGAGCAGAUAUGCCUUUCGAUAUUUCUGAUGGUGUCUAAUUUGGUACAGCUGGUUAAGUAUAUCAAACUAGAGAUGCCUUGAUCUUCCAAGAUGCUGCUGGUAAAUUCAAACAGAAAAAGGAAAUUCAAGAUAGAUCCGUCAAUUGUGAAUUAGUGACUGUUUCAGCAGACAACAGUUUUAUAUUGUCAUCCUACACAACCAUUAAAAAUGAAGCUGGUAUCUUUAUUAACUAAUGCACAAACUUGGAGAAUUGCUAACAAUUCAAACAAGGUUCACAAGCCAUUGGAGGAGCCAAGAAGAUCUCAAAGGUUCUUAUGCCUGAUAACAAGAAUAUCAUUAUUUUGAAUACUGAUCCAGAAAACUUUGGAUCUACUGAUAGUUUCAUUAUUGUCACCGCUUUGGAUUAUGAUCAAUCAAAAUUCACCAUUUCAAAUAAAUUCACUAUCAAUGAUCAAUAUGUCGGAAGUAAACUCUUAUAAAUUGGAGAUUUUGAUGUCAUCAAAUAUUAAAUCAACAGUGUUAAUUACAAUACUAUCGUCUUCACAGAUAUCAACAAUGGUCUUUACUUUGCUCAUUUUGCAUAUGAUGCCUAAGGUGUGUACUCUAAGACCAUCAAUGAAUAAGUCAAAUUGAGAACAUUCACAAACGAUCAAUAUCACAUUGCAGAUGAUGCCUUAUUCUUAUAAGUCAAAGUUUUGAGCAGUCAAAUUAGUGGAACCACUCUCUAAAUCAAUUUACUUGUCACAACCAGUAACUCAGCUCAUUAUUCCUUUGGAUUCGAUCUUGAUGCAUCUAAACCAACCUCUGGAUUGCCUGUCAUCAAAACCAAUACAGUUUUGAAUUACGUCUUGACUCCAUAUGGAACUUGGAAGGCAAUCGACAAAUCAGCCUAUGUUAAUGGAUUUCUCGCCAUUCCUUAUAGUAAUGAUAAGGAAGUUGUUAUUGGUGUUUAUAGCAUUCCUAGCGACAGACCAGGCAUUGUUAAAACUAUUUCAUUCACUCAUGGAAUCUCAGCUGAUUAUCACAAGGCUUUACCCAUUGAUUUUGCUUUGCUUUUAACUAAGGAUGCUUCAGCCAAAUAUCCUAAUUUAUACACAAAUAUCAAUUAUGAUGCUUUGUCUGAUGAGUAUUUAAUCGAAAAGUAUGAGAUGAGAGCUGAUCCUCAAUUGAUCCUAACCAAUUCAGCUGCCUAUACUGAAUAAGUGGAAUUCAAACUCUAUUUGCAUAAUAACUUUGCUGAUGUUUCUUCAAUGGCUUACUUAUCAACCACAGAACCAAACCCACCCCCCAAUCCUGAUGAUGGUGAUGGAGGAAGCUCAAGCUGGUGGUGGAUCACUUUAAUUGUUAUUUUCGGCGUUGCCAUUUUGGGAGUUGGAGGCUGGUUUGCCUAUUAGAAGUUUGGUAGAAGGGGAGUUGACCCUCUUUUGGGAUGA